AGUCGUUUCACCCUUUCACCUAUAAGUGCACCCGUACACAUUUGCAGAGGGCAUCACAAAGCACCCUAAGGAAAAUUAUGCUUUUUCACGAUUUGAAUUGUUAAAGGUUGAUACAAUUGCCAAAGAAGAACUAGCGGAAAAUGAAAAUAACCAUCACAACAAUACGAAAGGAUUUUCGGGGAAUAGUCCAGACCAAUGAGUGAAUGAGUCUAGACCUGCUUACAGAUUUUAGUAUGAACAAUUUUCCGAAAAUAAACAUCCCUCGAGGAGAUGAUCACACUGAUCUGUUCUUCCAAAGGUCUUCUCCUUGGUUUGCAAGAACCUGUGCAAACUCAGUAAUAAACAUCUUUUAAUUCUCUGCUUUUUUAAAUGCUGACAUUAAUCCUUCGUCCAGGUCGAGGUCCAGGUCGUUGAUAAUUUGAUAUACAGUUCAGUGAAUGGGGGCGUUGCGUGUUGGAUUUAUUGGGAUUCAUUGCUUUGAUCCAUGUUUAAUCCGUUUGAUCAAUGAUUUAAAUCUGGUUUGAAUGAUGAAAUGUGUAACGAGUAACGAGAUAUGAAUUUUGAAUGUAACGAGACUAUAAACAAAACGACGCUACGUUAUUAUAAGUAAACAAACGAAUGCAUCAACUGUUGUUGUUGGUUAGUACUACCAUCCAUUACAAUCAUGCCAUCAAGAGUUAAAAGAGUGAGGUUUGAAACAGAGUAUAACUCCAGUUUUAAAGCAUUUGAACCAGAUAUUUAUAAAUCACCAUUGGCUAUUUAUGAACCUGUAAAAAUCAGAAAGAACGCAGAAGAAAAUGGAGCAACUGAAUCUUUUGAGCCCCCAAAAUCUACAAAUUUUAAUGUACCAAUUUCACAAACCAAACCCAAAUCUGACAAAAGAAAAGAUGGAAAAAUCAUCACAGAAACCAGAGAUAUGAAAAAGAACAACAGAGCACUGAAAUAUAAAGCUGGCCUGUUAGCUAAAACAACUCAGGAUGACUCAAAAUUUCCAUUAUCAGAGUAUCAACGACAGUAUGAAUGGAAAAAACUUGCAGUUGAUGUGUCACCUUUAUUAAAUGCAGAGAAAAUGAUAUUUGAGUCACAUAUGACAAACAUACCUCGUACUGCUCGUGAUAAAAUUUCACACAAAACUGAAUAUCAAAGUAAAUAUCAAAAUAAAAGAGCGUUUAAUGAAGAUAAGGAUCGUCAAGAAGACGGAAGAGAAUCGUCGAUCGUCAAUGAAUAUCCCAACAAAGAGAUGAAAAGAUUGUUAAAUUCUUCUCAGAACCCUCAUUCACCGUUCUUUCCACAUGGAUCUUCAAACAGAGAGAUGCACAGCGAAUACCAAGCCAACUUUGUUUCUCCUAAGAAAUACCGUUACGAAGAGGGCAUAUGGGUUGGUGCAAGUCCUGCUCAUCUUCUCACUCAGAACCAAUCACAUCUUGAAUCGAGUGAAUGCAUCACUAAUUGGUUUGAGGAGGUGAUGGAACUGCGAGAGAAAGCUCGAUAUUACAAGACUCGUGCUAUUGAAGGAAACUACUUUUCCCGUGAAUAUCUCGCACAGCUUGAUGCUGAAGUGGAGAAACUUCAUGUUGCUAUGAGCGAAGAGCAUGAGCAGUCAAGUGUAUCAUCAGGUGACGAUGGAAACGAUAAAAUUUUAAAGACAAAUGACAAAGACCGACCCCGUGUUAAAGUUGCUUGGCACAAAAACGAAAGCAAGGAGACUUUAUCAGAUGAUGCUAAAACAAUUUAUCGAAAUCUGGAUGAACAAUUUGAGAAUGAAUCUUCAGUUAGUGAUUCAACUUUAUUAUCUCACGAAGAAACAAGUCCAGGAAGCCGGAACAAAAAAGGUAAAAAUGAAAACGAUAAAAAACGGGACGUCGGGAAUGAGAAGUAUGAGAUGCCCAAGAAUGAAAACGAUCUUGGUGAAAAUGAGAAUGGAAAAAAGAAGAAUCGAAAAAAACAUGAAUUUGGGAUUGAGGAUGAGAAUCAGCAGAAUGGAAUCGAACAUGGUGAAAAUCAGAAAGGAAAGGAUCAAAAGAGUAAAAACCAAGAUGAAGGAAACAAAGAUGAAUUAAUGUUUUCACAUGAAAAGUCACCAAAGGAAAUAAAAACGCUAAACAUUAAACACACAUCAAAGAACGGAAAGUUGAAUCGUAAAGACCGUAAAAUUCUCAGAAAACCUGCUGUGAACGAUUCUAAUAAUUUUGAGGAGAAAGACAAACCACGAAAAACAUCGAAAACACUACCGAAAGAUUUAGAAAGUAAAAAACUUAGAGAUAACACAAAACAUUUCCAAACAAACUCUCCGGAUGGUUCUGAACAUUUAAGUUCAAUGGGCUCACUUAAAGGAAAAACAACUAACAUUGUGAAGACCUUAUCAAAAUCCAAUAAGAAACAAAACAAUAAAUCCUUUGGUAGUUUAAAUGAAACAACCAAAAAAAUGGCGUCUAACGAAUUGCAGUAUACCUCAAGUGGUAGUGAAGCAAGUUGUGAGCUUUCAAUUGAGAACACAAGAUUGAACGAUGCUUAUUACUCAAAUAAGAUUCAUAAUAUUCACAGCAAUCAUCACAAAUCACCAACUUCGUCAGUUCGUAGUAUUUAUGGAAGUGAUACUUUAAAAGAAAUUUACGAUGAUUCCUAUCUCUCAAGUUCUUCAAUCGCCAGUAGAGAGUCAAUUGCUAAACAUACUUUAGCGCACGCAAAGCAAAGGCAGAAAAGUUUUUGGUAAAACCUUAAUUCACAAUAAGCGUUGUUAAACAACGAUUACUUAUUUUAACUUCUGCAGCCACAAGAAUAUUUAACAAGAUUUUUCAAACAUCAAUACAUUCCAGUCAAUUUACUGCCAUUGUAAGCCUGAUUGUAAGUUCUUAACUGCUUAAAUGUGAGCAAGUAAAUUAUUAUGAAUUCAAUAUUUUUAUUAUUCCUGAA